UUGUACAUGUAUAUGCUGUUCUUUCAGAUCUGAAGAUUAAUGCACCUGAGCCAGACUUAGGCUUAUGUAAACUAGGCAGCUGGAGUCAAAGCAAUUUUUUUAAAGAAAAGAAAAAGAGAAACUUUUGACCAAUGUUCCGUUUGGAGUACACUAGGUUUUAAAUCAAUUGCUAUCUCUCUUUUUUUUCAAUGUUUAUUUAAAAUGUUUCUAUUUCCUUGGGGGCCACCAAACUCACUUCGCCUAGGCCCUCUAGCCCAAACCUGCCGCAGGACGACGUAGAUAGCAGCGGCCAGAGUUCAAGCCCAGGACUGACUAGACCAACAAACGACAGCCCAGAGCACAGACCAACAGGGCCAUUCAGCAAUACUGGUGUAAAUUAAAUUCUAAAAUCUCUUACAUACAAGUGUUUCAUUCUACUAUAAAGAAAUUAACUUUUCGAUAAAUAAUGAUUAAUAACCUACAAAAAGUGAAUACACAAUACUUUGCAUUUGGUCAACCUGAGAUUUAAAGACUCGAAUAUUGUCAGUGCUGGGUGCUGACAGUGCCAGAUAUGUUUUACUGUAAAGCACUGAAUACAUGUUUUAUGAAGUCGUCAUUGGCAUUUUUUUUUCUGUAAUAAGCGAAUGUUCCGGCUUAUCCAAGUAUAUGUCAAAGAUACUAGAGUUCGAUGGACUAAGGAAUGUAUCGUUUUGGAUUGCUGUCAGUUCGACCGAUGGGUGUUAUUCUUCUGAUUUCAAGCUGGUAGAAAGAAGCUUAGUGGAAGAGCUAUUGGCGGAGAGAAAUUUGGGGAAAGAGUAUGCCUCUCUGGUUCUCAAUGACAAAAGAUAUCUUGAGCUAAAUUAUGAGUUAUACAAAUUGGAAGAAACUUUAAAAGUGGAUGCGUGGCACGCAAACGAUCAGAGAAAUCAAGUCUUUGGAGGUAAAUGUAAGAAAUGGUUCAAUCAUAUGUGCCUUGGAGGAAACGGAAAGAGGUCACUGGAAGACCUGAACGGAUCCACAUCAAACCAAUCAGCUAUAGGAGGUGUUGAAAAACAAAGAAAUCCAGCAAGUUCUAGUGGUCAAGCGAAGGUCAUGUCCAAAGCGUCAUUCGCAGUUAUUGUUCUUUGUCUUCUUGUCCAACUAUUCAAGCGCAGAUAACAUUAGUAUUAAUAAAGUUACCCUAUUCCAUUGAAAA